CAGUGGGCUGCUUGUAACGCUUCACUGCUCCACUCUCCUCCGGUUCGGACCGACUAUCCACGGUUCCGAAUCCAAUCUCCGCCAUUUCCAGCUUCAGUAAAUCAAGCAUCUUCACCUGUGGCAAUGUCGGGUCUUGAAGUCCCAUUGAACCCACCGCGCCCAAAGAGGAAGAAGGGCUUGGUGGAUUUUCUGGUCCACUUCCGAUGGAUACUUGUUAUUUUUGUCGUUCUUCCUAUCUCUUUCAGCCUUUAUUUCCUUACCUAUCUUGGAGAUGUGAGAUCUGAGAUGAAGUCCUACAAGAAGCGUCAGAAGGAACAUGAUGAAAAUGUUCAAAAAGUGGUGAAGCGCCUCAAAGAGAGGAACCCAUCAAAGGAUGGUCUUGUCUGCACAGCCCGUAAACCAUGGAUUGCUGUUGGAAUGCGAAAUGUAGAUUAUAAGAGGGCUCGUCAUUUUGAAGUUGACUUAUCUGCUUUUCGUAACAUCCUUCAAAUUGAUAAAGAGAGAAUGAUUGCCAGGGUUGAGCCACUAGUUAACAUGGGCCAGAUUUCUAGGGCCAGUGUCCCAAUGAAUCUUGCACUUGCAGUGGUUGCAGAGCUUGAUGAUCUUACUGUUGGUGGACUUAUCAAUGGCUAUGGGAUUGAAGGAAGUUCCCACAUAUAUGGUUUAUUUUCUGAUACCGUGGUGGCUUAUGAAAUCAUUAUGGCCGAUGGCAAACUCAUCAGAGCUACCAAGGACAAUCAAUAUUCUGAUCUCUUUUAUGCCAUCCCAUGGUCUCAAGGAACACUCGGGCUCCUUGUUGCAGCUGAGAUCAAACUUAUACCAAUCAAAGAAUACAUGAAGUUGACCUACAAGCCUGUAAAGGGUAAUCUAAAACAGCUGGCACAGGCUUAUAUGGACUCUUUUACACCUAGAGAUGGAGAUCAGGAUAAUCCAGAGAAGGUUCCGGAUUUUGUUGAAGGCAUGAUUUACUCAGCUACGGAAGGCGUGUUCAUGACUGGGAGAUAUGCUUCUAAAGAAGAGGCCAAGCGGAGGGGAAAUGUUAUUAAUGAAGUUGGUUGGUGGUUUAAACCCUGGUUCUACCAGCAUGCACAUAAAGCACUAGAGAAGGGAGAGUUUGUUGAGUACAUUCCAACCAGGGAGUACUACCACAGGCACACAAGAUGUUUGUACUGGGAGGGGAAGCUCAUCCUUCCCUUUGCAGAUCAAUGGUGGUUUAGGUUUCUCUUUGGCUGGCUGAUGCCUCCCAAGGUUUCCUUGCUCAAGGCUACUCAAGGUGAAGCUAUCAGAAACUAUUACCAUGAGAUGCAUGUUAUUCAGGACAUGCUCGUUCCUCUUUACAAGGUUGGGGAUGCCUUAGAGUGGGUCCACCGGGAGAUGGAGGUUUAUCCUAUUUGGCUUUGUCCGCACAGGCUGUUCAAGCUUCCUAUCAAGACCAUGGUGUAUCCUGAGCCAGGCUUUGAGCAUCAUCACAGACAGGGUGACACCCACUAUGCUCAGAUGUAUACAGAUAUUGGAGUGUACUAUUCUCCAGGCCCUGUCUUGAGGGGUGAGGUGUUUGAUGGUGCAGAGGCAGUUCGUCAGAUGGAGAGCUGGUUGAUUGAAAACCAUGGAUUCCAACCACAAUAUGCUGUGUCUGAGCUGAGUGAGAAGAAUUUCUGGAGGAUGUUUGAUGCUGGUCUCUAUGAGAAGUGCCGGAGGAAAUAUGGAGCUGUGGGAACCUUCAUGAGUGUGUACUACAAGUCAAAGAAAGGAAGGAAGACUGAGAAGGAGGUGGAAGAAGCUGAGAAAGAGCAAGCCAUCCUUGAAACCCCAAUUGCAGAGGUUGAUCAGCCCAUAGACUGACCAUCAAGGUCGGUAUUAUUUGGUAGGAUUUGUUGGUCGGUAGGGUUUCCUGCCAUUUAUUUGCUUUCAUGAUGCAGUUUUUUACUGACCUUGUUGCGUUGCUAAGCCCUCAUCGGAUUAGAUUAGACUCUUAGAUUUGGAGGGGUUUGUACUUUUGUAGUUUUUCUUUCUCUGAAUGCAGAACCUUAUUUCUGUCUUGCUCAAGGUGUUGAGUGUCAUGACUCUUUUGUCACUACCAACUGUACUUGGUGUUUUUUUUUCUUCUUCUUUUCUUUUGCCGAGCAGUACUUGGAAAUUGAAACUCAGAUUUUUAAUUGCUUUUCUAUGGGUUUCUGCAUUUCAUGUGUUGAUUGAACAAUGGGGGUGUGUUUCAAGUCUUAAGUCACAAAAAAAGGGAAGAGUCUUAUGGUUAAAUCAAUGUUCUCUGGCUUG